AUGUUGCUUGAGGAGUUGGCCCUCCUGUUCAAGGCCUGUCGCUUCUGCCGAGGCAAGGGCGCCUGUCACUUCUGCCGAGGCAAGGGCGCCUGUCACUUCUGCCGAGGCAAGGGCGCCUGUCACUUCUGCCGAGGCAAGGGCGCCUGUCACUUCUGCCGAGGCAAGGGCGCCUGUCACUUCUGCCGAGGCAAGGGCGCCUGUCACUUCUGCCGAGGCAAGGGCGCCUGUCACUUCUGCCGAGGCAAGGGCGCCUGUCACUUCUGCCGAGGCAAGGGCGCCUGUCACUUCUGCCGAGGCAAGGGCGCCUGUCACUUCUGCCGAGGCAAGGGCGCCUGUCACUUCUGCCGAGGCAAGGGCGCCUGUCACUUCUGCCGAGGCAAGGGCGCCUGUCACUUCUUCCGAGGCAAGGGCGCCUGUCACUUCUGCCGAGGCAAGGGCGCCUGUCACUUCUGCCGAGGCAAGGUCGCCUGUCACUUCUGCCGAGGCAAGGUCGCCUGUCACUUCUGCCGAGGCAAGAGCGCCUGUCACUUCUGCCGAGGCAAGGGCGCCUGUCACUUCUGCCGAGGCAAGGGCGCCUGUCACUUCUGCCGAGGCAAGGGCGCCUGUCACUUCUGCCGAGGCAAGGGCACUUGA